GUGAGAUAAACAAGAGCAGUAUAAAUACCAGAGUGCACUACUGCCGAGGCUAUUUAUUCUGCAGAACAGAGUAAAGCGGAGCUGCCAAAAGGAGGAGGGAAAGGGGGAGGCCCAGCCAUGUGGGCAGGGCUGGGACUGGCCCUGGUUCUCUGUCUCCUCCCAGAAGGAGGGACAGAGAGCCAGGGUUCAAGUGCCCAUUGUAAAGAACCCCCAGAAUGGUAUAUUGCGGGCCAAGAUCCCAUGCUGAAUUCUAGAGGUUCAGUGACUGUGGUAGCUCUCCUCCAAGCAAGCUGACACUUGUGCUUGCUGCAAGCUUCCAGCCUGGAAGACUUGCGUGUGAAGUUAGAGAACGAUGGGCUUGUCAACAUUUCAUAUAUGGUGGUCAAUCACCAAGAAAUCACUUCCCAAGAGAAAAUCCACUUGCUGAGAAAGGAGGUCUCCGAGCAUAUUGUUGUUUACCAACAGGAUGAGAAUCAACCCGAUGUCUGGACUACCUUAAAUGGAAACAAAGAUGAUUUUCUUAUAUAUGACAGGUGUGGCCGUCUAGUGUAUCACCUUGAGCUGCCUUAUACUUACCUGAGUUUCCCAUAUGUGGAAGAAUCAAUUAAGAUCGCCUACUGUGAACAGAACUGUGGAAAUUGCUCUUAUAUGAUGCCAGAUGUUGAAGAGGUUUGCAAUAACAUAAGUAAGCCAGUUGAUGAAAAGCCAGUGGAGAUCACACCUGAACAACACAGCCAUCACUCCCAUCACCCAAACCAACACAGACACCAUGGACACGGGCACCAUCACCGGGAAGAGGAUCAUCUUUCAGAAGAUCAGAACCAACAGGCUCGUGCUCAACGACAUCAUUCCCCUGGGAACAAUCGACGUCAUAACAGGGUUCUGGGACGUAAUAGACAGGGUCAGGCAGGUAGCCAGGAAAGGGUAGAAGCUGUCCCACAAAGAGAAGUGCUUGAGAUUCCUUUACAGAGUAAAAGGCUCUGAAAGAAAGGAAAUGCCAGUUGCAAAAAUCAGUUAACCUGAAACUUUUUGAAAGCGUCAGAAUCAACUUCUAGUAGCUGAUGCUGACACUGACGACACCUGUUGUUUGAAGAAGUAGGGAAGGCAGCCACCUGACACUGUCGAGGAACACUUCCAGAUACCUGCAGGUGACAGGGCCAGCUGCUGUUAGAGAACAUCACUGAAUCUUGACAGUGACGUUUGCUCCCAGCUGCUUGACAGUCACUAGCAGAAAGAGAGCAUGAAACCAGUGACAACUGACAGUGACAAGGAAAGCCUGGAAACUGAGCCUGAAAAACAAACUAAACAUCUUAAAAUCAGGAAAGGCCCCUUCCAUUUGAAGGCACUUCUUUACAUUACAACUUGGAAUAAAUAGCUUCAAAUUUAUCAGAGGAAUACAAGAUAUUUAAUUUCCCACAAUUGCAAAAUUCUGCCCAAGACAGGAUAAAGAAAUGCGUAAAAUUAAAAUACAACAUUGUAAGCAAUUUGAUGAAUGCUACAAUCAUGCUCCUGUCAGCUACCAUCAGGAGAGGGCUUUUUAAACAAAGUAAUGUUACUUGACCCUUAGUUUGUUUUUUCAGUGCUAUUUGGAAGCUGGCUGCAGUCUGGUUAAUUUGUCUUUCUUGUCUCUCUCCUAAUAUUCUGCAUGCAUGAGUGAAGGCAGAAGCAUAAACUAUAACCUAGGGGCUUCUGUUUGAAGUUUAGCAAUCAAGAAUGGAAGAAGACCAGAAAAGACAUUUUAAUCAUGUUUUCUUCCAUGUUGAAAGAACAUGGAAAAUAUUCAAAAGUUUAUUUUUUUUCUAAAUGAAAGAAGUGACAAAAUGAUCAAAUCAUAUCGUUGUUAAAUACAAAUUAGCUUACACAUAAGCAACUUGCCAAACCAAUGUUUUAGUUCAACUGUAAUGUAUGUUAUAGCCAAAUACUACAUUGUUCAAAAGUAAUAGUUUUGAUAUUCUUUAAUAUAGUUUAGGGACUGGAACCUUUAUCAGGAUGUAGAAAAGCAGACUUCUGCAUCAUUCCCAUUGAAAUUAAUGGACACACAAAGUAGGACUAGUAGAUCUUGAUGCAGGAUGAGAAACUAAAACAAGAUUUUGGCUGAAUUUGGUCCUAACAGAAGUAGGCACAAGUCACAGUGAACUGUGCCUGUUAAUAUUAGGGUGGAAUUUAGCCAUCAAUAUUGAUUAUUAAUAUAGUUUACUAAUAAAACUUGUAUAACAUCUCUUUUUGUAAUUAGCAUUCUUAUAUUUUACUUAUCUGAACUGAAUAUAAUGUAGUAUAGGUUGAGGGAUUAAUGGAAGAAAGCAAAAAGAAUAUUCAAUACAAGUGAACUGCUCUGAGAGCACAUACCAUAUUAAUGACGGUUUAAUAGGGAAAUCAUAACUCCUACAGAACCUGAAUCCUUUUAUGGUGAAUGCUGAUCGCAAGAAAGUAGUAUUGAAUAUAAACAGAAUGUAAAUGUAUGGAAUAUUUGAAAAGGGAGUUUUCAAUAAAGAGUAGAUGACA